GCGAGGGGAUGAGGUGCCCCCGUGCCGCGUGGUGUCCCGAAGCGGCUCUUUAGAUCCUCCCCGGCCCGAGCCUCCCCUGCCAUGGAUGCCUCGGGGGCUCUUGCUUCGGCUCCCCCCCCCCCGGGCUCCCCUAGCCCCAUGUUCCCCCCAGGAGCCGACAGAGAGGAGUGGGGACCGAGGUUCAAUUGUGCCCCUUCCACCUCUGCCGCAGCCUCGCAGGCGAUGCCAGCGUCUGGCCGGAAGAGGAAGGCCAACUUCUCCAAUGACGAGACGGAGACGCUGGUCUGGAAUGUGGUGCGGCAUUUCAGCGCCCUGUACGGGUCCGAAGCCCUGCGGGCUCACCCCGUGCGGCGGAAGCAGCUCUGGACCCAAAUCCAAAGCCGCGUCAACUUCCUGGGCUACACCGAACGCUCCAUCGACGACCUCAAGCACAAGUGGCGCGACCUACGGCUGGACGUCAAGAAGAAGAUCACCUCCAAAAAGCACCUCCCCAUGAACCGCGCCGGAGGGCCCCUCCACAAGCCGCGCCUCACGCCCCUGGAGAAGAUGGUGGCGUCCACCUUCCUGCAGGCCAGCCACGACUCGGAGCCCGAAAUCAUCCUGGACCCAGGUCAGUUCGAUGGGGAGAUGGCCUGGUUUGAAUUGGAGCGGGACGGCCCCGUCCUGCGUCCCCUCCGCCCGGCGCCAGCCACCCCAGCAUCACACCCCAGCAUCUACAUCGACACCAACGGGCAGCCCUCGGCCCUGCCCGACCUGGAGGGCUCGGCCGUGCCCCGCCUGGCGCUGCAGAGCCCCGACCCCUCCGUCAUCUGCGAGUACAGCCGGGGCGAAGGACAGAGCAGCUCGG